GUCGGUCGCGCCCGCCAGGCGUGCUGUCCCCACGUCCGCGUCUGUGGGUCUGUCCGAUCGCGCCACGAUCGGGGCUCGGGGGCCACAAGGGGGGUUUUGGCACCCGGCCGCGUAGACGCAGCCCCGGCCUCGGCAUGAAGUCUCGCAGGGACAAGCUGCACAUCCCGGCGCUGACCCUCGAUCUGUCUCCGAGCAGCCAGAGCCCAUCUUUGCUGAGCCCCAGCAGCCCCUGCAGCCCCUGCAGCCCCUCACUGGGCCUGCACCCCUGGAGCUGCCGUAGUGGGAACCGCAAAAGCCUCGUGGUAGGAACGCCCUCACCGACCCUUUCCCGGCCCCUUUCUCCGCUCUCUGUCCCUACAGCAGGCAACAGCCCCCUGGAUAGUCCUCGGAACUUCUCAGCCGCAUCUGCUGUGAACUUCCCCUUUGCCCGAAGGGCUGACGGCAGAAGAUGGUCCCUUGCAUCCCUCCCAUCUUCUGGCUAUGGAACCAACACGCCCAGCUCCACCGUCUCGUCAAGCUCAUCCUCCCGGGAGCGCCUCCACCAGCUUCCUUUCCAACCGACGCCGGAUGAACUAUGCUUCCUGUCCAAGCAUUUCCGCAGCUCAGAGAGCGUGGCUGACGAGGAGGGCGGCCACCGCUCACCCCACCUUCGCCCGCGUUCCCGCAGCCUCAGCCCAGGACGCACAACAGGGACCUUCGACAAUGAAAUCGUCAUGAUGAAUCAUGUGUACCGGGAGAGGUUCCCCAAGGCUACGGCACAGAUGGAAGGCCGUCUGCAGGAGUUCCUGGCUGCCUUUGCACCCGGUGCCCGGCUGGCACUGGCCGAUGGCGUCCUGGGCUUCAUCCACCACCAGAUCAUCGAGCUGGCCCGCGACUGCCUGGCCAAGUCUGGAGAGGCACUCGUCACCUCCCGUUACUUCCUGGAGAUGCAAGAGAAGUUGGAGAGGCUGCUGCAAGAUGCCCACGAGCGCUCAGACAGCGAGGAGGUCGGCUUCAUCGUCCAGCUUGUCCGGAAGCUGCUCAUCAUCAUCUCGAGGCCAGCGAGGCUCCUUGAGUGCCUGGAAUUUGACCCCGAGGAGUUUUAUCACCUGCUGGAGGCUGCCGAGGGCCAGGCCCGAGAGGGCCAGGGCAUCAAGACGGACCUGCCGCAGUACAUCAUCGGGCAGCUGGGCCUGGCUAAGGACCCCCUCGAGGAGAUGGUACCUCUGAGUCACCUGGAAGAGGGAGGACAGCCUCCAGCACCUGAGUCCCCGGAGAGCCGUGCCCUUGUCGGCCCAUCACGGAGGAAGCCAUGUGAGAACGACUUCGAGACCAUCAAACUCAUUAGCAACGGGGCCUACGGGGCUGUCUACCUGGUGCGGCACCGAGACACACGGCAGCGCUUUGCCAUCAAGAAGAUCAACAAGCAGAACCUGAUUCUUCGCAACCAGAUCCAACAGGUCUUUGUGGAGCGUGACAUACUCACCUUUGCCGAGAACCCAUUUGUGGUCAGCAUGUUCUGCUCCUUUGAGACCCGGCGCCACUUGUGUAUGGUCAUGGAGUAUGUGGAAGGCGGCGACUGUGCCACACUCCUGAAGAACAUGGGCCCACUGCCUGUGGACAUGGCCCGCAUGUACUUUGCGGAGACAGUGCUUGCGCUCGAAUACUUGCACAACUACGGCAUUGUGCACCGUGACCUCAAGCCUGACAACCUACUCAUCACCUCACUUGGCCACAUCAAGCUGACCGACUUUGGCCUGUCCAAGAUUGGGCUCAUGAGCAUGGCCACCAACCUCUACGAGGGCCACAUCGAGAAGGACACCCGGGAGUUCGUGGACAAGCAGGUGUGCGGGACGCCUGAGUACAUCGCGCCCGAGGUGAUCUUCCGCCAGGGCUACGGGAAGCCAGUGGACUGGUGGGCCAUGGGUGUUGUCCUCUAUGAAUUCCUGGUGGGCUGUGUGCCUUUCUUCGGAGAUACCCCCGAGGAACUCUUUGGCCAGGUGGUCAGUGAUGAGAUCAUGUGGCCAGAAGGGGAUGAGGCCCUCCCAGCUGAUGCCCAAGACCUCAUCACCAGGCUGCUCCGACAGAGCCCACUGGACCGUCUGGGCACUGGUGGCACCCACGAGGUAAAGCAGCACCCCUUCUUCUGGACACUGGACUGGGCCGGGCUUCUGCGACACAAAGCUGAGUUUGUGCCACAGCUUGAAGCCGAGGAUGACACCAGCUACUUUGACACACGUUCGGAACGUUACCGCCACCUGGGCUCGGAGGAUGAGGAGACCAAUGACGAGGAGUCAUCCACAGAGAUCCCUCAGUUCUCGUCUUGUUCCCACCGGUUCAGCAAGGUCUAUAGCAGCUCCGAGUUCCUGGCCGCCCAGCCCACCCCAACCUUCGCCGAGCGGAGCUUCAGUGAGGACCGGGAGGAAGGGUGGGAGCGCAGCGGUGAGGGCGAGUCCGGCCGCCGCUUGAGCGUGGAGAUCAGACUGAGGUCCUGGACAUCCUCUGGUUCUUCCUGCCAGUCUUCUUCUUCCCAGCCUGAGAGGGGCCCCAGCCCAUCUCUCUUGAAUACUAUUAUCCUGGACACAAUGCCCAAGUUUGCCUUCUCGUCAGAGGACGAGGGAGCCAGCCCAGCCUCUGCAGGCCCCAAGAGGCCCAUCUUCAUUCUGGGGGAGCCUGAUCCACCCCCAGCAGCCACCCCAGUGAUGCCCAAGCCCUCAAGCCUUUCUGCCGACACAGCUGCCCUCAGCCACGCACGCCUACGAAGCAACAGCACUGGUGCGCGACACUCGACACCGCGGGCCCUGGAUGCUGGUCGGGGCCGCCGCCUCGGGGGCUCAAGAGACCCGGCUCCCGAGAAGUCUCGGGUCUCCCCCAGCGGGGGCCGCGUGCCCAAGUCUGCCUCAGUGUCCGCCCUGUCCCUCAUCAUCACAGCCGAUGAUGGCAGCGGCGGCCCCCUCAUGAGCCCUCUGUCCCCACGCUCGCUGUCCUCGAACCCAUCGUCCCGAGACUCCUCUCCAAGCCGAGACCCGUCCCCCGUGUGUGGCAGCCUGCGGCCCCCCAUUGUCAUCCACAGCUCAGGCAAGAAGUAUGGCUUCAGCCUGCGGGCCAUCCGCGUCUACAUGGGCGACAGCGAUGUCUACACCGUGCACCACGUUGUCUGGAAUGUGGAGGAGGGAAGCCCCGCCCAGGAGGCGGGCCUGCGAGCCGGGGACCUCAUCACCCACAUCAACGGGGAGUCAGUCCUGGGGCUUGUGCACAUGGAUGUCGUUGAGCUGCUGCUGAAGAGCGGCAACAAGAUCGCCCUCCGGACCACCGCCCUGGAGAACACCUCCAUCAAGGUGGGCCCCGCCCGGAAGAAUGUGGCCAAGGGCCGCAUGGCACGCCGGAGCAAGCGGAGCCGCCGGCGGGAGACACAGGACCGGCGGAAGUCGCUCUUCAAGAAGAUCUCAAAACAGUCCUCUGUGCUACACACCAGCCGCAGCUUCUCUUCCGGCCUCCACCACUCCCUGUCGUCCAGCGAAAGCCUCCCAGGGUCACCCACCCACAGCCUCUCCCCCAGCCCCACCACGCCUUGCCGCAGCCCAGCUCCCGAUGCCCCAGCAGACACGGCAUCCCCUCCCAGUGCCUCCCCGAGCUCCAGCAGCCCUGCCUCUCCCGCCGCCGCUGGCCACACCCGCCCUAGCUCCCUGCAUGGCCUGGCCGCCAAGCUCGGGCCACCCCGCCCCAAGACCGGUCGCCGCAAGUCUACCAGCAGUAUCCCGCCCUCCCCACUGGCCUGCCCACCCGUGCCUGUUCCCCCACCCCGCUCACCCUCACCCCUCCCCGGACACCCGCCCGCACCUGCCCGGUCUCCACGGUUGCGCCGGGGCCAGUCAGCUGACAAGCUGGGUUCAGGUGAACGGCUGGAUGGGGAGCUGGGACGCCGCGGCCGCGGGCCAGACUCGGAGCUGGUGGUCAUGCGGCGGCUACACCUGUCCGAGCGCCGAGACUCCUUCAAGAAACAGGAGGCUGUGCAGGAGGUGAGCUUUGAUGAGCCGCCCGAGGAGGCCACUGGGCCGCUCACCUCCGUACCACAGAUUGCCGUGGAGGGCGCAGAGGCUGUGCUGGGAGCCCUUGGACCUGCCGGGAAGGACUGAUCCCUCCCACCUGGCCUCUCCCUGGCCUAGAAGUUGGGCUAUUUUUUGUGCAAUGUUUUUUCCAUAAAGUGACUUCUGGAUGGAGACUGAGCCACCAGACUAUGAUACCUGGAAGGCGAGAAGCCAUCUCGGUCCUUACUGGAAGGCGGAGGCGGCACCUCCCUCUGUUCUGGUACAGAUCAGGGGCCAUAGGGGCAGGAAUGGGGGACAAGGGUGGCAUUGUAAAUAGCAGCCAAUCCCUGCGACUAAUUUAUUACUUUUUAUAAGCGAUAGGUAGACUGAGCCGCCACUGUGAAGGUGGCU